AUGAUAAACUUAGUAUUGAACUUUAAGUACGAAACUCGCAAGCCACACCAAGCGCUUCAUCAUCUAUUUCAAUCACAAGGGCCCAUUUUUAAAAAAAAAUUUGCUGGCUUUGAAUUAGUUAUGCUAUCCGAUCCUAAAGAUAUUGAAUGUGCUUUUCGAACUGAAGGGAAAUAUCCUCGAAGAUUUGACAUGGUUCCUUGGUCAUAUUAUCGAGAAGAAAGAAAGUUACCCUUGGGCAUACUGUUAUCCAAUGAUGAGCAAUGGAAGGAAACACGUAGCGCCAUCGAUAAGAGAUUACUCAAAUUAAAUGCUGUCCAAGGCUAUAGUAAGAUCAUGAAUAAGGUUAUUGAUGAUUUCAUAGCUUACUUACUUCGCAUACGAGGCAAACAUGGCGUUAAAAAUGAAAUUCUUGGUUUUGAAAGCCAAACCUUUAGAUGGUCAUUAGAAACAAUAUUAAGUAUUCUAUUCGAUAAGCGCAUUGGUUGCCUUCAAGAACCGCCGAGCCAUGAUGGUGAAUUAUUUCAUAAAGCUCUUAUUGAUAUGACAUACAAAACUUCAUCGCUGAUUGUCUUUCCUCCAUAUUAUAAGUACAUUAAAACCAGAUAUUGGAAUGAAUUCUGUAGUCACUGGGAUACUAUGUAUGACAUAGGUCUGAAAAUCAUCCAAGAAAGAAGGAAUAAACUAGCUUCUAUGAAAAUUGAAAAUUCCAAGGAAGAUGAAGUCGAUUUUUUAACAGAUGUUAUGCUUCGAAGCAAUUUAUCCGAGGCACAGUUGAAUAUAACACUGUUAGACCUCAUGAUAGGAGCUACUGAUACGACAGCAAAUACGAUAACUUGGACUUUAAUUCUGCUAUCUAAAUACCCUGGAAAGCAGGAAAAAUUGCACAAAGAAAUUAAAAGUAUUUCAAAAGAUGGCGAAGAUCCAGAUUCUGAGACGGUGCAUAACGCUCCUUAUUUAAGCGCCUGCAUCAAGGAAGCUAUGCGGCUUUAUCCAGUUAUCUUUAAUCUGAUCAGACAAGCAAAGGAAGACGUAGUUAUCCUUGGUUAUCAAGUUCCUGCCAACACUCCGAUAAUCCUUAAUUUGUAUGAAUUAUUUCGCAAUGAGGAGUAUUUUCCUGAACCAGAAGAAUUUAAACCCGAGCGUUGGUUGAAAGAUGAAGAUGACAAUAUCCCAAGAGCUGGAUUCAAAUUCUUACCAUUUGGGUUUGGUCCACGUAUGCGUAUUGGGAGACGAAUCGCAGAGUUAGAAAUGCACCUCUUAUUAGCUAAAUUGUCUCAAAAAUUUGUCAUUGGCUGCAAUAACUUGGACGAUACAGGAAUGAUAAAAAGGGCAACGUUAACACCUGAUAAGGCAGUUAAGAUAACACUAACCGAACGGCCAUAA